UAAAAUUCUUCAUAAACCCUAAAAUAUUAGGAAAACGUGAAGAAAUUUUCUGCUUAUGAAAAUUGAGAGAUGGGUCAAUUUUCCUAAUUUGACCCAGUCUCCUUCCCAUCCACCUCCGGCCACCGCGUCUCUGCUCCGUCCGGCUCUCAGGAAUAUGCCAGAAAAGAAGCCAGUGGUUGGGUUGACAUGGCAACCGCAGUUGCCAGUUUCAUCUUCAUUAAAAGCCACAGAUGGAUCCCAUAUAAAAACUCAAAUCGGGGCAUCAAGAAGCACUGUUUGGAAACCCACUUCAGAGCUGGCUGAUGGCCUUUUUGCUCCUCCAAAUGAUCCUAGAAAAUUGAACAAGUUACUGAGAAAACAAGUUAAAGAUACUGCUGGGAAAAAUUGGUUCAACAUGCCGGCUCAAACCAUCACCCUUGAGUUGCAGAAAGAUCUCAAGUUAUUGAAGUUGAGGGGUGCCAUUGAUCCCAAGCGUCACUACAAGAAGGGUGAUUCAAAAUCAAAGACACUUCCCAAGUAUUUCCAGAUGGGAACAGUUGUAGAUUCUCCAUUGGACUUCUUCUCAGGAAGAUUAACAAAGAAGGAGAGGAGAGCAUCAUUAGCAGAUGAGCUGCUUGCUGAUCAAAACCUUGUAGCCUAUAGGAAGCGGAAGGUUCGAGAAAUUGAAGAACAAAACAAACCAGCUGGGAAUGAAAAUUGGAAGAUUAAAGGCAGGAGUUCCCGGAAGCGAGCAAAAGAAAAGAGGAAUCGCUGAAUUUCCACCCUUUUUAAGAUGUAGACACUCUCCUAAAUGCUUUGAUCAGUUUAGAAUUAUUAUCAUUAUUUGAAAAUAUCCUAGUUAUCUGUAAAACCUAUUGAUGCUGCAUUUUUCCUUGUAACAUUUUGGUGUGGCCAUUGUCUUCAGUCUCAAUCUGCUGCAUGGCAAUUCUCUUUCUACUUCACCCCUUUGUAUAUUAAUGGUUGAUAAUCUUAAUUAUUAAAGGAUACUAUAUAAUGAAGUGAAAAACAA